ACCGGCCGGCCGCCAGAGCCCCGUACGCCCAGCAAGAUGCUGUCCUGGCGGCUGCACACGGGCCCCGAGAAGGCCGAGCUGCAGGAGCUCAACGCCCGGCUCUACGACUACGUGUGCCGGGUGCGGGAGCUGGAGCGCGAAAACUUGCUCCUGGAGGAGGAGCUGCGCGGCCGGCGCGGGCAGGAGGGCCUGUGGGCCGAGGGGCAGGCCCGCUUCGCCGAGGAGGCGCGCGGCUUGCGGCAGCAGCUGGACGAGCUGAGCUGGGCCACGGCGCUGGCCGAGGGCGAGCGCGAUGCGCUGCGGCGCGAGCUGUGGGAGCUGCAGCGGCUGGGCGAGGAGGAGCGCGCCGCCCGCGGCCGCCUGGACGCCGAGCUGGGCGCCCAGCGGCGCGAGCUGCAGGAGGCGCUGGGCGCGCGCGCCGCCCUCGAGGCGCUGCUGGGCCGGCUGCAGGCCGAGCGCCGCGGCCUGGAAGCGGCCCACGAGCAGGACGUGCGGGAGCUGCGCGCGCGCGCCGCCCGCCUGACCAUGAGCUACCGGGUCCGCGCCACCGGCCCCGCCGCGCCCCCGCAGCGCCUGCGGGAGGUGCACGACAGCUACGCGCUGCUGGUGGCCGAGUCGUGGCGGGACACCGUGCAGAUGUACGAGGACGAGGUGCGCGAGCUGGAGGAGGCGCUGCGGCGCGGCCAGGAGAGCCGGCGCGAGGCCGAGGAGGAGACGCGGCUGUGCGCGCAGGAGGCGGAGGCGCUGCGGCGCGAGGCGCUGGAGUUGGGGCAGCUUCGCGCGCUGCUGGAGGAAGAGCUGCGGCGGGUGCAGGAGGAGUACGAGCUGCAGGCGGAGGAACGGCAGAGAGUGAUAGCCUGCCUGGAGGAUGAGAAGGCGGCCCUCACCUUGGCCAUGGCUGACCGGCUGCGGGACUACCAGGACCUCGUGCAGGUGAAGACCGGCCUCAGCCUGGAGGUGGCCACGUACCGAGCUUUACUGGAAGGCGAGAGCAAUCCGGAGAUAAUCUUGACUGAGCGCAUUGAAAACAUACCACAAGAGCUCAGGAGCACGUCUUAUCGAUACGCCAGCUCCGUGUUACAGAGGGAAAAUGAGAGGAAUCGGUUUGCAAGGCAGAAAGCACCCGCAGCCAACUUCAGCCACAGCCUGACACGGCGCCCUCACCUGCUGGCACAGCCCACCACUGGGAGUGCAGCCAGAAGAGGCCUCCUGGGUUCAGAAUAUUCUUCCCGGACCACCAGCCGGCAGGAAACAAUUUACGAGAAACCUUCCAACUCACAUGAGAAAAUCUCCAAGAGUCCAACCAACUUCAGAACUUUCUCUUCAACACAGAGUCUUUUAAGAAAUACUGAAGCUCCAGUGAAAACAUUCCCUGAGAGGCCGAGAACGGUGGUUCCACAGGACACCUCCGCCCGUGCGGCCCGAGAGUCUGCUGUGGCCUCCAAGUCCUACCGAGAACCCCGGGGUGACGUGUCCACAGGCUCUUUCCAAAGCACUUGGUCGAGUGAGAGGACCGUCGCUGUGACAAAGACAGAAGCUGACGCCACGAAGGAACAAGACAGAAACAGGCCAGGAACCGUCCAGAAAAAGUGGGAAGAGAAGAUGUUUGAUUCCAAAGAGAGGGCUUCAGAGGAGAGAAACCUAAGGUGGGAAGAGCUGACAAAGUUAGAUAAAGAAGCAAGAAUGAGAGAAAGCCAGCAACGGAGGGAAAAGGGGAGAGGGAGGGAGUCGGCGCAGGAGAAAAGCGUGAGAGAGAGAGAGGUACCCAUCAGUCUAGAAGUCUCCCGGGAGAGCUCGCCACAGGCGGCCCCAAAAGCUUUCCAGACGCCCCCACGGGAGGACACUCGUGACGGUACCGGGAGAGGCGUGGAAACCCGGGAGGCCCGGUUCAGGCUGGGCCCCGGCGACACCGCCAGCUCGCCAGAGGGCGAGUCCACGACCGAAAUCGUGGCAGAACACAUCGUGUCCAGCAUCCUGAAGCAAUUCACCCAGUCUCCAGAGGCAGAGGCGUCUGCUGAUGCUUUUCCAGACACAAAGGUCACUUACGUGGACAGGAAAGAGCUUCCCGGUGACGGGAAAACAAAGACCGAGAUCGUCGUGGAGUCGAGACUGACGGAGGAGGUCGAUGUGUCCGACGAAGCCGGCCUGGACUACCUUCUGAGCAAGGACAUUCAGGAGGUGGACCUGAAGGGAAAGGCGGCCGGGAAGAUGAUAGGAGACAUCAUCAACCUGGGUCUGAAAGGAAGAGAGGGCAGGGCGAGGGUCGUCAACGUGGAGAUCGUCGAGGAACCCAUGAGCUAUGUCAGUGGCGAGAAGGCAGAGGAGUUUUCCACCCCGUUCGAAGUGGAGGAGGUGGACGAUGUGUCUCCAGGCUCCAAGGGGCUUGUUGAGGAGGAAGAAGGUUACGGAGGAGCAGACGUCACGUUCUCAGGAAACCAGCGUAAGAAGACCAGGUGGCCCCAUGAGAGCGUAGCCCGCGUUGAAGAAGUCAUGGAGGUGGGUGACUCAGAAGGGGGCGAGCAGAGUUACUUUGUGUCCACGCCCGAUGAGCACCCCGGGGGGCAGGACAGGGACGAGGGCUCCGUGUACGGGCAGAUCCACAUUGAAGAAGAGUCCACCAUCCGGUAUUCUUGGCAAGAUGAGAUUGUGCCCGGGUCUCGGAGAAGAACCAAGAGGGAAGAUGGGUCGGGAGAGACGGUUGUGAAACCACCAGACGUCUGGGAAGCUCCAUCGGAGGAGGACGCGGGUCCUACUCACUGGAAAGAACAAACUAGAAGUGGUGAAUUCCAUGCCGAGCCCACAGUCAUCGAGAAGGAGAUUAAGAUACCACACGAGAUCCAUAUGUCCAUCAAGGGGGCCUUCAAGGAGCCCCGACACCAGCUGGUGGAAGUGAUCGGGCAGCUGGAGGAGAACCUUCCGGAGCGCGUGAAGGAAGAGCUGUCGGCCCUCACCAGAGAGGGUCAGGGUGGGCCCGGGAACAUGUCCGUCGACGUCAAGAAAGUGCACACCUCUGGUGGGAGGGCCGUGACCUUGGUUGCCGAAGUGAACCUCUCAAAAACCGUGGAUGCCAAUCAGUUAGAUCUGGAGGAGCUGAGCAAAGACGAAGCCGGGGAGAUCGAGAAGGUUGUGGAGUCCGUGGUACAAGACAGUCUGGCCAGGCGGCACAGCCCGGGCCCCGGGAGCCCAGACAGGGAGAGCGCGGCGGAGGCCCCGGGGGCCGGCCUCCGCUUCAGGCGCUGGGCCACGCAGGAGCUGUACCGCCCCCACGGUGAGGAGGACGAGGCCGGCCGGGCCUCCCCCAGCACAGAGCCGGUCACGUCCCAGGGGCCCGUGUCGGCCACCGUAGAAGUCACCAGCCCGAGGGCCUUCGCCCAGUCGCACGUGCUCGAGGAUGUGAGCCGGUCUGUGAGGCGCGUUCAGGUAGGCCCCGCUGGCAACUGGAGGACUGAGCACGUCUCCCGCGAGGGACCCACGGCACAGGUGGUGGAGGUGGACGUGAGUAACAUAGAGGUGACCCCCCGUUGGACACGAGAGACCACAGUCAUCUUCCCCGUGGGGACAGAAGCAUCCGCACAUGGCACCCCUGACCCUGGUGCCUGGAGAGAUGGGGGCAGCGGGAAGGCCUGGGUGGCUGGCGGGAGCUUUCAGGGCUCUGCUGGGGACGGACACCAAGUCCCCGGGGAAAAGGGCAAGGAGCAGGCUGAGUUUGACAAAACGGUGCAGCUACAGAGGAUGGUAGACCAAAGGUCGGUGAUUUCGGAUGAAAAGAAAGUGGCCCUCCUCUAUCUAGACAAUCAGGAGGAGGACAGUGAGGGACACUGGUUUUGAUCAAUAUUUCCUUUUCAGUGGUAACAUGGCAACACACAGAGGCCUUUACUAAUUAGCAGGAGGGAGGCUCACUCUUUAUGAAGACGCCCCCUUUUUCUUUCGCCAGAGUGCUCCGGGCGAUGUCAAUUUACAUUGUCAUCUGUAAAGGUUUCAAAUUAAUUCAUGCCUUUAAAGGCGUUGGAUUUUUAUUUCUGAGUUGGAACUUUGACAGAAAUAUUUUUUAUCAUUUUAGUCUUCAAAGUUCCUUUUCCUGGAGUUUUCUCUCCACUCCUAGAGGCAGUUUCUACCAGUUCUGCUCCUGGUCACAGAAAUGCCUCCCGCCUGUAUAAAAUCAUAAUUAACUAUCCAUAGGUCAGAUGCCUAUACGGUGACAAAAUCCAAGUAACAUAUUUACGAGUCAGUCUUAUUUGCAUGUGUUCAUAUGAAGUAAUAAUACUAGCAUUGGAAAGGAAAAAUGUAUGCAUUUUUCUAAGUCUUCUCGAAAAGAAAUCCUAGGAAAGAAGCAGCUUGCUUCCAUUAAGGAAAAAAAAAAGGCUCUAAAUGAUUUUUAUCUUUAGGAAAAAGUUAAAUUCACUUUAAGACAUGAAUGAAUUGCUUUCUAUGUGCAGAGCUUUAUAAAAAAUAUAUAUAGUGUUUUAUUUAUGGAGAGGAUGGGCUCAGCCUAAUGUGAUAUUUCAAGUCCCUAAUAUACCUGCUAUGUUUGCACGGGUCCCAGAACCCUGCACUGGGCCCGCGUGGGCAGGGUAAAUGAUCCUUGGAACUAGCUUCGGGUACUUUCUUGCAGCACUAGGUGGUUAAGUAGUACGUGGUCUAAAUAGCCUUUUUUGUUACAACCCAAGUUCUGGAGCUUCUCUGCACUUUAGCCCUAAGCACCUAAACAUUGAAUUUCCCUGGUGGGAAGCAGAUCCCAAAGACCAUAAAGAGACCAUUGAUGCUCGGACAAGAACUUGGCUUCCCAGAUGGUCGUGCAGUGAUCCCGGGAGCACAGGGCGGACGGUGCCCCCCAAACAAGCCCUUUGAGCCCACCGUGGAAAGGUCCGAGGGCUUUGUAAACUCAGAGCCUUGGGGAUGGAGAACAAGCACUGACCUCAAGUAAGUUUUUGAGGUUUUAACAGAAAUCGUUACCAUUGGGGUCAUUUGCUCAGGGGAGAGAAUACUAAUGUUGAAGAGAAGAUGAUGUUUGGGGGGAAGGAGCUGGGCCCCCGUCUGGCUGUCCAGCACUGAAGCACCCUGGAGGGGCCCCUGGAGGAAGGCAAAGGCCCUACCCACCCCGGGCCAUAGGAUGCCGACCUUCAAGUCCAUAUAGCAGAGUUUAAGAUACUAGAGGGAGGGUGCUUUUAUUUUACAUAAGGGCAUUGCUUUUCAGGCUUCCAUCUGCAAAGGUCUGGCCUCACGCAAAGAUAGUAUCUCUCACAGCAUAGCAUUAUUUUAAUCCAAGCUUGUUCCUGGCAUAUCAAGUUGAAGCUGUAUUUCCUCUAACACAGAAGCUAGAGCUGCGGGUAGUGAGCUGAGGAAUAAGGAUUCGAAGUGACAGCAGCCUCAAGUGGGUUAGGGUGAUGGGGGUGCUGGUUAUGGCACGAGGAGUUGGGGGGGUGUCGCACAGUGUGGCUCUGCGGCCCCCAAGUCCUCCAUCUCCUCAGCCCCCAGAAAUGGCAACAGCCGAUAGUCCAGGGAGAGCGUAUUUUCUUAAUAAUUGGAGGUGGGAGGCAGCAAAGCUUUCAGGAUGAUCUGACAAACACCGAAUACGGGGGUAGACAAAGUUGACUUGCCCGUCUGAACCGUCGCUGUCGGCCGGAUGCGCUAGUACCUGUCACAGACUGGUCCAGAGGCGACAACUUUGCAAACAGAGGCUCCUUAUUUCUAGUACAGAGACGGGCUGAUUUUGUUAGCAGUAGUGGGUGAUGGAGUCUGUAGAAGUAGAAAGGUAUAGAAAUCACCUUGAUUUGUUGGUCAAGGGGACAGCCUAUGGGUUUGAUGUCCAUACAGACUGAAGAUGGGGAGAGUCUCUUCUGUGAGUCAGAGUGAGCUUAGUUUAAUGGCCCUCCCCUGCCUUGUGACCUGUAAAUGCAUACUAGCGAGGACAGAUGAUUCCUACCACGACCCACCUCUAUUUGGAAAAUAUCCGAGGCCUUCAUUUCUAUCUCCAUGUUAGAACGUGCAUCUGCCGGGAGGGCUCGCGGAUGCGGACUCCCCAGAGCAGGGCAGGCCUCCACGCUGUGCAGAUCAGCCCCACAGCUCUGGGUCCUUUAAAACCAGUUGCUCUGGAGGCAACAGAAAUCAGCUCUGGGGGGAGGGACAGAACCAGUAUUGACCGUUGUGGACACAGAACAGUAUUAAGAGAAUGCUUUUCACCCUCCCGCGGGCGGUUGCGAUAUUGUGUGGUUUCGGAUGUAUAUUGAGGAUGGAAUCAUCGAGAAAGCUGAUCUUUCUAAGCUCCUGUUCCCUACAGAGGGAGAUGUCACAAGAAUGUAUAAAAAUAAAAAUCGGAGGGAAAAAACAAACCCCACCUUGUUCCUGGAGAGAAUGAAUGUUUUCUAGUAGCUAUUUUUGUGGUUUCUAUGUAAACUCGAAUUAAAAUAUAUGUGUUUACAUGCA